UACACAUUUGUGAACACUAAGAAAAAUACCUCUAGAAGAUACCUACCCCAAAAGUGGCAAAAAUUUAAAAGUUUAAAAAGUGCUGGCCAUGUAAGGAAGGACUGUAAGUCGACAAUAUACCACAGGUACUUGCGCAUCCAUAUUUAUUGUUAUGCCAUUCACAAUAGUUAAGAAAUGGGACCAGCUUAGAUGUCCAUCAAAAAAUGAGUGGACAAAGAAAACAUAGGACAAAGGAUUUUAUUUGGCCAUAAAGAAAAAUGAACUCAUCAUCUUUUCAGGAAAAUAGAUAUGACUGGAAACCAUUAUAUUAAGUAAAAUAUGUCAGAUGCAGAAAGAUAAAUGCUAUGUGUUUCCUCUCCUAUGAGGACUUUAGUUUCAUAUAUGUGCAUAUGCAUAGGGAUUUUGGGGUAUAGGACAUAAAACUACAAGGGGGCAAUGGGAAGGAGAGGAAAGAGACCAUAAAAAAGGACUAGGAUGGGGAAGAAAAAGAAGGCAAUAGAAUAAAUGUGACUUGAAAUCACAAUAGAGCAUCUCACCAGGGACCAGGGAGUGGGAAAGAUCAGUGAAACACGACAAAGUGUAUAUGAAAAUUCCAUAAUGAAACCCAUUUCUUUGCAUGCAACUUUUAAAGACUGAAAUUAAUCUGGAAAAGAAAACCCACCAUGAGCUAAGAAGCCUGAGUCAUUGGCCAUACAGUUUAUAAUCAGUAUACAAUUCUGCGUGUUUAUUUAGGACUAAAUGGCUGCAGGACCAGGCACAACAGAAACUUCCAUCUACAGGGGAGUGUGUGGAGGGGCUAGAGGGAACCCUUUCUUCCUGUCCAGCCAUGGUCUCACAUGGGGUAGAAGUCUCCAGAAAAAUCCAGUCCUCUGUCCUUCUGUUCCAGCCACCUACAGCUCUGCUCUCUGAGAAACCACACUGACUCAUUGGCCAAGCUGUGAUGCUCAGCUGUCCAUCUUGCCUCCUGGAGCAGAUCAACUCGGGGUCUUCCUGAAGCACUGACCACUCCAGCUGGCAGGGGUAGAAAAUGGUACCAGUCAGGCCAGAGCCCUGGGAGCCCACAGUCACUGCUGCAGGAUGGAGGAACCCACUCCUGAGCCAGUCUAUGUGGAUGUGGACAAGGGGCUGACUUUGGCUUGCUUCGUUUUCCUCUGCCUCUUCCUCAUCGUCAUGAUCAUCCGCUGUGCCAAGGUUAUCAUGGACCCCUACAGUGCCAUCCCCACAUCUACCUGGGAGGAGCAGCACCUGGAUGACUGAGGCAUAGGACAAGUCACAGUGUCCCAGGACACACCACUGCAUACUCUGGUCAACAUCCUGCAAGUGCUUGGAGGCUGGGAGUGGCUAUGGUCACCCCAAAGAUGGAGAAGGUUCACUUUACUGGCUUUCACAUGACCACCGGAGAGAAAUGCCGGCAAGCUAAAGGCAAGGCAGUUUGGGGAAUCCCGAGGAGAAAAAUGCUAAUCCAUGACUCGGGCAAGUGGGAUCCAUCAUGGGACUCCGCUGGGAGACUAGAGGGUGAUGGUACCCUGUGCUCCUUUGGAAACUGAAUAAAGAACAGACACUCUGGUCUGCAAACAGAGGUCAGGAGGAGACUGUCCUUCAAAGGCACAGCACAGAGAGGCUGGUGAAAGCACAGGACCCCAACCCACAGCCUAGCAACAGAGAGACAGGGAGGAUAGAAAAUCCAGGAACUGUCUCCUGCAAAUUCUCACAAGGCACACAGCUACUUCCAAAUGUUUUUUGUUUUAAGUAAAAGAUAGAGGGAUAUAUUUUUCCUGUUAAAAAUGAGAUGUGCAUUUUAGACAUUUGGGAAAAUAUAGAAGAAAUACAAAUAUAAUAAAACUAUAAAUAGAAUGAAGGGAGGUGAAAAGCACUGAUAAUUCAACUUCCCAGAAGCCAUCGUUUUGAUAUAUUUCUUCAAGUCUUUUUUACAAGAAAUUUUUUAGUAAUUCACACCAUAUGCAUGAUGCUGCAUUGAUUCAUAUGAUAGCAUGAAUACGAAUACUUUCUGCCUGUGAAGAUACCACGGCUGUUUUCAGUGACUGAGGGUAUACUGUGUAGGCCAUGACUAAAUAUAGUCCUUUUCUUUCUCUAUUUAAUGUUUUCACAAUGUUCUCACACAAAUUACUUCGCUCAGUAAUCUUCAGAAGCUCUGUAUUCCAGGAGCUCCAGGCAAGAUCUGGGUUCUAGUCCUGCUUCAACCACUCAAAGGCUAUACGAUCUUGAGAAAGUCACCUCAUCUCUAGGUGUCUUUGGUUUCCUCAUUGUAGAUGUAGAAGGGAAGUCUGUCUGUCAGUGAAAGCAGCCAUGCUACAGCGGGAGCCGAGACUAGGCUGCUGGUGAUCACUCUUCUCUUUCCUCCAUCCUCUUCUCCCACACAUUGUCACCUUCAUCUAUGACCUUGCUGCAAGGAUUUUAGGUCAGAAUCCACAACCUGCCCCCACCAGCCUCAACUCCUGUGUUCUUGUAAUAUGACCCCUAUGAAUCAGCACCUGUGAGCUCCAAUUUCCUCAUCUAUAAAAUGGGAGUAACAUCUACCUCACAAGGUUGUUGUGGAGAUAAGAUAGGAGAACAUGAACAAACAGGAGCGCCCUUCCCGGAAUCUUUCACCCUAGGAAUCGAACCCUGCUUUCUGAGAGCCAGAGCUCCUGGCCAGUAUUACUGGCCAGCAGAACAUUCACAGUGACCUCUUCUAUGCAUGACACCACAGCAUACGGGAUCUAAUGAUUCACAUCAUCGCCACUAUUGUCAGUUUUUUUCACAUAUGUGAGGUGCAUCUAUUGUGUCCUUCCAGGGUAGGACCUGCUACCCUAUCAAAAGAGACCUGUGCUGUGGAUCUCAGACCUCCCCCAUCACUUACACUCAAGCCACGGGUCCCCAUGCGCAUCAGGCUGCCCAGGAGAAAGGUUUCCAAUGCACUGUCACUACUAGUUGACCCCUAAAAGUGGACAGAUACUGUUGAGGUGACUUUUAAGGGCAUUGUUGCCAGUCUCUGUCUCUGUCUGUCUCUGUCUCUAUCUCUCUGUGUGUCUCUGUCUCUAUAUCUCUGUCUUCCUCUGUCUGUAUCCCUGUUUGUAUUCUCUCUCUCUCUCUCUCUCUCUCUCUCUCUCUCUCACACACACACACACACACACACACACACACACACACACACACACACAGGAGCAGCUGGCACAGGCUCCAAGCAUGGCUAUGAAGCAUCACCUUCAGCCAAGCCUUCCUCAGAAACCUACCUCACAGACUACAGGCACUUCUGUGGGAACCUGUUAGGAUGGGUUUACAAAGUCAGCCAGAGCCUGUUCCCAGUUAUUAACGACAGGGUACAGGAAGGAGAAGAGCUAUGAAGAGCUCUGAAGACUUCCUUUUGGAGCUCUCUGGAGGGAUGCCUCAGGCUGUGAUCCUCAGAGUACCUGCUGAGGGCAAACCGUACCUGCACACGGGAGACAGCUAGAUGUCCAUCGUCUCCUCCCCAGACCUACAGACUAGACAGCCUAGAGUCAGAAUAGGCAGCCUGGGCCCAGGAACCUACGUUAGCCUGAUUUCUGGAUGGUAGUGCAUCCCUGUUUGAGAAACACUGUCCAGGGCCCCUGGUCUCACACGGCUUCCCCAACCUAGACACCUUAAUAUUUUUCACCUUAUCUCUUUGGGCUGUUUUCAUGGCAAGGGGAGAUAUCAUUUGAGGAAAGAGGUGACUUCCAAAUCCACCCCACCCCUCCACAGUCAAGCUCCUGCCAAAGCAACAAAGUGGUUGUUUCUACUUUGUGUCCACCCUCUCCUGUCUCAUGUCCAUCCUCUUGCAAGCUGUCCACAAGUACCUUUGGUUGUGUAGCUUCAGAUACUUGUUCAACUGGAAUCGCUUUUCACAUCAUUGCUUCUUCUUGUUUGUAACAUUGUGUGUGAUUGUAUGUGUGUAUGGUGUGGUGCAUGUGUGUGUGUGUGUGUGUGUGUGUGUGUGUGUGUGGUGCAUGACAUGAACAUGGUGUUUGAAAGUGAGCCUGCACUUGCCACAGUGCAUGUGUGGAGGUCAGAGGCCAAGCUGGGGGUGUUGGUCCUCCCUUUCUUUGCCUGAGACAGUCUCUUCUUAGUUGUUCAUCACUCUGUACCCCAGGUUAGCUGGUCCACACGCCUUCAGGGAUUCUCCUCUCUCUGCCUGCCAUCUCCCACAGGAGUACUGAAAUUACAGACACGCGCUGCUGCACUCACGGGGAUUCAAACUCAGGUCCUCACACUUGCACAGCAAGCACUGUGCCUACUGAGCCAAUUUCCCAGCUUCCCCCACGUUUCUCAUGUUGAAGGUCUGUUGGUAACAGGAUCCCCACGUGCAUAGCAAUACAGGCCACUACAGAAAAUACUCAUAUGGCUUUCCUUGUUCAUUUAUACUUAUGCUGGAAAGAAAUGGUAGAAGCAGCUAUGCUGAGCCUGGGGAUGGCUCAUGAGAAGGAGAAAGAAAAUUGAUAGCACGCCUCUUGCAAGAAGGGAGGUCCCAUCUCUGUCGCUUGAUCGUGUGAAGAUGAGAAAGGUGGGAGACUUUCAAGUUUUCCUUCUCUUGUGCUCUCUGCUCUGAAGGAUGGAGGAAGUGGUCCCCUGGAGACUACAACAGCCUCCUAAGUUUCGGCUGGCUGAGAGAAGUCUCUAGUUGUGCACAAAGGAGGAAACACUGCGGCAAAUUAUUAGUGCUGGAGGCUGGAAGUUGGCAGAGAGGAAAUGAAGAGAGGCUGGAGAAAAAAAAGAUAGCGUCAGCUACAAGUCAGGGAAGAAGGCAAACUCUCUAUGGAAGAGAAUGGAUGACAAAGGCAUCUGGUGACUGGGCUCAAGUUGCUGCCUGCGAUGUGCUAUGUGGAAGUCGCUAUGCCUCAAGCUCUCAGCAAAGGCGGAUGCACAGUCCUUUCACACCUGUGUAACUGCAACAGCGGGUCCCUCUGUGUGGUAGGCCACAGAAAGGGCCCAGGUGUCCCGGAGACAAAUCAGGUAAUAAAAAUGUUAGAAACAGGAAAGCCGGAUGAUAGCCACCAGGAGGAAGGUGGUCCCUGGACAUUCUCAGAGGCUGGUUGAUGUUAAGUGUUGGGAUCCAGCUGACUCAGUGUGGCAUAAAAAUGGCCACCACAGCCAUUUUCCUUUUCCAAUUCAAAUGUCCACAUUUUGUCUUGUUUUGAUGGAGUGAUCACAUUGUUGGGUAUGGAACUCAUGGCCUUUUACAUGUGAGGCCAGCAUUCUGUCAUUGAGAUUUGCCUCUAGCCCUACAAUGUCCUUGCUAGGAUGAAAAAACAAGUGGCUCUCCACCCCACAAAAUUGCCCCCAGAACCCCAGAGGUUUCCAAAAGAGGCCAGUGCUGCUUUCAAGCGCCAAGCAGAAACAAUUGCAAAUCCUUUUGUCCACAAGAACAGGUCCCUGUCCCACUGCCUUGCUGUUGAGGACUGGUCCUGCCAUGCAGCAUGGGUAAUAUCCAUAAGAGUCUCUGUAGAUGAUGGCCCAGGCUACUGAGAAGUGAUCACAUUGAGUUUCCCACAUCAGUUUUGGCACAGUUAUAGACAGACAGUCUCAAUCAUACUUGCUCCUGCCCGUCUAUGCUGACUCCAUAAGUCCUUGACAGUCAUCUACUAAGACUUUCUCUCCUUCCCCCCUUUCCCCAGCCCAGGGAAGGCUCUCUGCCUGUCAGUGGCUAACAGGAGAGAGGCGCACUUGAAAUAUUAAUAGAGUCAAAGAAAGUACAUUCACAGAGUACAGGGAAACAGAAUGGCAAAUACCAAGGACAGCCCUCAAUGAGACAGCAGACUUUUCUAGGCCUGAAGCGACAAGGAAGGACGACUAGAUCCCAGCAGAGGUUGCUGCAUGGUGGAGUCAGGCAAAAGGAGCUGUACCACAGGUACAUCUAAUACUCUUACCUAGGGUUGGACUAUAGCUCAGUGGUAGGACAUCUGCCCAAGAUGAUUGAUAUCCUGGGUUCAAUCCCCAGAACCAGAGAAAAAGAAAGUCCUUGCACAAUUCCAGGCCAGUAGGGCAAGAGCUGCAGAUACCUUUUGCCUCAUUUCUCAGUCUCCCAAUGUCCAAAAAUAAUAGACACUAAAAGAUGGGUUUGCUGAAUAAUAGGCUCUAUGUAUGUCAGCACACCGGAAUAACUAACAAAUAACCAGCACAGCCCACCUGAAGCAACACUGAACAACCAUCAUAAACUCUGCUAAAAUGAAGAGGCAAACGCUAAUCCUAAGGAAACAGUCCUGUGGACACCAUAUUGCCCCAGAUAAUGUCAGUUUUGCCCCAUUUUUACCCAGACCUUACACUGGAAUGUAGCCAGUGUAAGGCAGAGAGGCUAGCACAACCUCCUCUGUAGCAGUCAUGAGGCCUGGGAUGGACAGCAAUCUAGGUGACAUGUCCCCCCUCCACACCGCAUCCCUCAGCUGUGGGGGCAUUUUACCUCAUUCAGAGAGGAGACAAAUUCCUGUCCUGUUUUCAUCAAGUUAACAUAUGCCAAAAGAACUUAGGGAGAGGCUUUGCAGGUCUAGCCAGAAGCACUUUAGAACUCCCGGAAGAGGACCGCUGGAGCUCCUGGAACUGUAGUCCCAAGGCAAAGAACAUCUGAGUCGCCACAGAACUAAUAAGGAAUGUGAAUCCUAGACUUUCAGAAUAGACACACAGGACACCAGAUGUACCAAGUGUGCCAGUGAACCCUUAGGCUCUAGAGUGAGUCUCCUUUUCCCCUAUGGGGUAACAGCAAUCCUAUGGCUUCUACGGUAUGGGAAAGAUUGCCCGACAGCGCAUAAAUCCCCUUUUCUGUACACUGGUUCCCCUAAUAAAGCCCACAUAGCACAAAGCCAUCUUCCAGUUUAUCAGAAUCCCACCAUGAUCACCCGUAGAAGCAUUCAUUGUGAGUUACCAGAUUCCCAACCCAGAACAUGUAUGGUUAUUAUGAGUGUGGAAAACUCAAUUUCAUGACUCAUGCCAUUAUCUGGAAGAUAUGUUAACACAGUCAUGAUAGAAACACCACAAAAUUAAACUACCGUGCCAUAAGAUCCCACAUUAAGUGUAUAUCUAAAGGAAAUGAAACCAGUAUUUCAAAGUAUUUCAUUCCCAUGUUGAUUGCAGCCCCAUUCUCAAGAGCCAAGAGCUGGAAAUCUUAUAAAUAUUCAUCAGUGGAUGAGUGGAUGAAGAGAAUGUGGUACCUAAGCACAGUGGAAUCUGAUUUAUCUGUAGAAAGGAUGGAGCCUUGUCAUUGGGACACAGAUCGAACUGGAGGUCAUUUUGUGAAAUGAGCCAAGCACAGAAAAACAAGUACUCGUGAUGUCACAUACAGAGUCAAAAAAAUGUUGCUUCCCCAGAAGCUGAGAGGAGAAUGGUGGUUACUAGAGACUGGGGAUGGGGUAAGGGGACCUGGUCACUAUGUCCUAUGUUACAGUUAAAGAAAUAAGCUCUGUUGUAUUACUGUGCUGCAAAUUCAAAAGUGCUGGCAGAAAGGAUUUUGAAUGCCUCUUCCACAAAGAAGUAAUGUUUGAGGUGAUCUCCAGGGUUACCUGGACUUGGCUCUGCACAAUGUGCACACAUAUCAAAACAUCCUAUGAUAUGCUAUAAAUAUGUAUAAUUUGUGUAUCAAUUUAAAAAAUCAAUAAAAUAUAAAAGGGAUA